AUGGACUUGGUGCGCACGGCGGCGGGCCGCCGGGAGGGCAUUCUCGUAGCCGACUUCAACCAGGACUAUAGCUGCAUUGCGCUCGGGACGCAGUCGGGCUACUCGAUCACGAAUUGCGAGCCAUGGGGGCAGGUGCACGCAAAAGAGCUGGGUCCGACAUGCCUUGUGAGCAUGCUCUUCUCGACCAGCCUGGUAGCUGUGGUCGUGCGCUCGCCCGCGGGCGGCGAUAAGAGGCUGCACAUUCUCAACACGAAGCGGAACUCGACCAUAUGUGAACUGACCUUCCCCGCCGAUAUCCGCGCCGUCCGCAUGAACCGCCGCCGACUCGUGGUCGUCCUUGCUACGGCCUUGUAUGUCUAUGACAUCAGCAAUAUGAAGCUGCUGCAUACCAUCGAAACGGGCAUGAACACGACAGGGCUUUGCGUGCUCGCACCCGCGUCAGACGAAUGCUAUAUGGCCUACGCGGCCCACGAAGCCGGCGACUCGCAUGUCGUCGUGUACAAUCUGCACACGCUCGCGAUGGUCCAUGUGAUUCCCGCUCAUCGCUCGCGCGUAGCAUGCCUCGCUUUCAACGCAGCUGGCACGGUUCUCGCGACGGCGAGUGAGAAAGGCACAGUCAUCCGCCUGUUCUCCGUGCCAAGCGGACGCCUGCUGCAUCAGUUCCGCCGGGGCACGUACCCUGCACGGAUCUUUCGCAUGUCAUUCAAUGUCGCAGGGACGAUCUUGUGUGUCACAUCAGACUCCGACACCGUUCAUCUCUUCCGCGUGCCGGCAUGGACGACGCCGUGUGAUCCGAACCAGGCCCUGGCGCAGAAAAAACGGCGCGCCUGGCGCAGCACAUCCAUGGCCCAAACGCUCGGCACCUACUUGCCCUCCUCCGUCACAGAAAUGUGGGAGCCGACACGAGACUUUGCGUGGCUCAAGCUGCCCAGGCCGGGCCUGCGCGCCAUCGCCGUCGUGUCCAACACGCUGCCGGUGGUCCUGGUGCUCACGUAUGAAGGCAUCCUCUACACGUAUACCCUGGAUCUGGAGCUCGGCGGAGAAUGCCAGCUUGCGCAGCGCCACUCGCUACUUUCGGCUUCCUCUGCGUCUCCUUAG